AUGACGACGGGCAUGAGCGAGGAGCAGUUCAACCGAACUCUCCAGGCGAUUAACGACAACGUCAAUGACGAUGACAACGAACUCUACGUGGCUAUUGCCGCGCUGGUCAUCUCACUGAUUGCGCUUCUCGCCUCUAUUCUUCAAGUUGCUCAACAAUACUACGCUUCCGCCGCUGGCUACUCCAGCUGCGACGAAAAGGCAAUAGGGAAAUGGGCAGCAUGGAGGAAACGGCAGCUUAGGCCCUAUGAGUUUCGUUUUGAAGUUCAGUUCGAAGCUCCCGUCAUAUUCCUGUGCCCGCCCAAAAACGACAAAGGUCCUGUCAAGAACACGCCCAUCUACUGCAUCGAUGGCAGCAGGGAAAGCUUGGACAAUACCAAGUCGGAUUUGCAGACAGAAAUGCAGAUGAAAGACCAGAACAAGUCUGACAAGGAAAUACACAAGCAAUCGGUGCACACGGCCGACAAUGAGCUUGCCUCUUGGGUCACACUUCUUUCUGCUCUACAACAAAUGGAACAUGACUCCCGGGCCUGGCAGAAAAGCAAAUACGAAGAAAAGACAAAACCGACGCAACCACCAAGAGCCUCUACCCAAAAUACCCCCCAGGAAAACAUCGACCAAGUACUUGAUGAGGUGAAGGAGCACUAUACCCUGGCAGUGGCUGUACAGAGGAAGCUCAGGAGCUGGGACACGAUGCCAUCGAAUGUCAAGAAACCUUAUGCCACCACGACAUGGUGUCAUAUCGUCGAAAUGCUAGCCUUGCUCGGCGUCUACUGGGUUGAGUUUGACAGGACCAACGACAGAUACCGUGGGGAAGGCAAUGGCUAUACCGUGACGGGAACCAAAGUUAACGACCUCGGCAUAAUGUUUACGUUCCAAGUCCAUGGGCGCAAUCGCUUCGAGGCCAAUCGGAUCAUCCCGAUAGACGAGGUUAAGGAACUCUGCUUCGGUUUUGUCCCGACCAUAUACCGUUCCAAAUCUGAUGGACGACGGUUGAAGUUUCCCAACGAAGAGUCCAGAGAUCUGUCGACGCUGAACUUUGCCAGCAUGGACGAGAUUGGAGAAGCGCUUGUUUUGAUCGGCUGCAACACGAACACUGUGAACUAUUUUACGGCAAAAUCCAAGACAGCCAGGGUCAUUCAUUUGUUCCCUAUCGCUUUUGAGAUCAUUGGGAUGCUGGGACGGACUCUCCACAUUGAGAAGAGUGCAUUCCGCCAGCUUCCCAACCCUACUCUCUUCCGCUGGGACAAGAAGAACUUCUCGCUAAACAAGCUGCUCGAUGCGUACUCUUUCCAAUUGAGAAGGCAGUUUGGAUUUUCAAAGACUCCCAGCAGCGUAAUCAAGGUUAUUUGGAGGCAUAUAGUGCACUUGCAAAGCGAGAUUGAAAAACUGCCUCCCACUUCUGAACGGGGCAACUGGCUGAGUUUGCCGCUUAUGGAUGCAUUGCACGCGUCUCUCGACGAUAUGGAUGAGGUUCUCACGGCCAAGAAGAAGGAACGACCACCAAUCAAGAAGACGUACACGACGAAAUCCAACCUCGCCACCAUGGUCUCGGAGAAACCCGCACCGCCACCACAGCCGGAGGCAGCUCCUAAAGAACAACCAGGCGAGGCCAGGCGACGAGAACUGGUCCAAGAUGUGCUGCGCAGUCACAUCCAGGCGGUCCUAUCUGGGUUCAAUGAGAAGCCCACCAAGCCUGCCCAGGAAGCUUCCAGCGGAAACCAGCCUGUGGGAACCAGGACAAAAUCCCGUUUCGAAGCGAUGGAUGCCGCGCCUCCAGAGCUGAGGCAAGACAAACUUAUGGAAGUGUACUUCAAGGUUGUCCGGCGCAAGGUCAAGAACCAAGCGCAGAAGUUAACAUAUGCGGACCGGCGAGCCGAUGAACCGCAGACGCCUCGAGGACCAGCCCCGGCACCUACCGGCUUUGGCCUGAGGCCUAGGCGGACAGGCCUGAGUGUGCGGACGGCGUUGACGGAAGAGUCAGACGAAGAAUCAGAGGAAGGAUCGAUUAUGGAGGAGGAGCUGCUUGAUAUCGCGGACGAUGGGGCACACAUCAACAUGCUGGAUCCGAAACUAGAGGUUACGCACGAGGAUAUCUGGUGCACCCUGGUGUUCCGGAUGAUUUGCUGGCUCAUGCUCCACGAUUUCCACAAGAAUGAUGUACAGGAGGUGUCGAAGAGCGAGCUGUUAGGUAGUCGACUCCCGGUUUACAUCGCCUAG